AUGAUCUCUUCCGACCGGCCUAAGUCGGUGGAAAGCUUGGCCACUAUCGCCUCAGUUUCCUCGCCUACGAAACAUACGUCCACCAUUUCUACCCUUCUACAACAACCUAUAGUUCGCACUGGUCUGCUACCACAGGCCUCCGCUCUGUCAAGCGGGUACAAACCGCCGACCACUCGAGAUAUCCCACCCGUUACUUUAACCAACAUUCCUCACGUCGAUCCCAAGGCAUUUCAACCAUACCUCUCCCAGGUUGGAUCGUUAUAUGACACCUUACGCCGUUCAAAGGAGCAUGGCGAUGAAAGAGACCCGCACCUAUUUAGAACGAGCAGCACUUCCUCUUUAUCUGGAGAUGUCGAUACGCUGUUGAGUGGUCAAUUGGAAAGGAGACUAUCUGGCCAGCAAUCAUCUCUCACUCCGGUGUCGGAAUAUUCCACCCCGCGAAGAAGGUCUUCAGGCCAGCGGGCCCGAGGUCCGGCUACUGCACCAUUGUCCACUAUUCCAAGCGUUUACUUUGAUGAGGAUUUCCACCUUGAAAACCCCCGGACAUUUGAUAUCGUUUCUGAGCGAUCAGAGGUUGUCCGAUCCCUUCCAAAGCCUUCUGAUGAGAAAGCUCCUAAUGGCGCCUUCGACUCACGCCCAUCUUCUAGUAGAAAGGCACUGGCGACAAAUGCGAUCUUGCAAGAGAAAUUAUCAUGGUAUCUCGAUACCGUGGAAAUCCACCUUAUUUCCUCCAUUUCAACUGCCUCUACUUCUUUCUUCGCUGCCCUCGGCUCGCUGCAAGAGCUCCACAGAGAAGCAACCGAUUCUGUUCAAAAAAUUCAAGCCCUGCGAAAAGACUUAGCAAAGCUGGACAACGAUAUGGCCUUGGGAGGCCUAAAAGUCGUUAGCCUACGCCGUAGGCGAGAGAACGUGAGAAAAUUGGCCGACGCCGUUUGCCAACUCAAGGAAGUUAUCACAUGCGUGUCGCGAUGUGAGCAAAUGGUAGAAAAUGGCGAUAUUGAAAACGCGCUAGAUGAACUGGAUAAUGUUGAAAGACUUACGGCGGGUGAGCAGGUACUCAUAAGUCGUGACGAUCGCUUGAACGAGUCUCAACUACCGGAGACUCUCAUAGAUCUUCGUGGGAUCAAAGCUUUGGAAGGGGCAUCACACGAUUUGAGCCAACUGAGACAUCGGAUUGGGCUCGGGUAUGAACGACAGUUCUUGGAUUGCUUGAUAGGGGACCUAAGACGACAUGUCGAGAGUAUUCCUCCUGACCUCACAUUACUACGACUAGGAGACGCGUCCCAACGCUCACGGAGGGGCCAUCGAAGAGUCGUAUCUGGUCUGCCAACGUAUAUGACUGUGGGUAGUGAAUUCAGGUCAGGGUUAAGAACAGAACUGGCCGGUCUAGGUCGAGCUAAAUACACCACGCCUGCUGCAACCUCGUUCAAAAGUGCUGUUCUCCGCGAAAUGAAAAAUGCGAUCCGCCGGCAUCUGCCCAGUUCAAGCGAUGAUGAUAAUGAAUCAAUAAUGUCUUCAUCGACUCAUGGAGGACGCCGGCUAAAUCAGCAAGAGAAGUCAUCGAUACUAGCGCGUAAUCUCCGGGCACUCGAUCCGGACGACGCAUUCCUAAUGUUAACAAAAAUAUACACCAGCGUUAGCGAAUCCCUCCGGAGGUUGAGUGUGCAAGUUAAAGUAUUACUGGAUAUUACCAGUGGACUCAGUAGUCCUCCUAGUACUGGCGGGAUAAGAUCUCCCGGCCGAAGUCCAAGUCUGAGUUCGCUAGACGCAAUUAGCCGUUCCAGGACCACGCCUGUUAUAGCACAGGAAGAGAUAUUGGAGGUUUUUGACAUGUCGAGCCUUCUCGGUCAGGCGGUCGAUAUUGUUCAGUCGCAAAUAGUUAAAAUUUUAAAAGUUCGCUCAGAGCAGAUAGCUCACGGCUCACUGGAGCAGUUUUUGAAAUAUUUUAGCUUGAACAAGCUUUUUGCCGACGAGUGUGAAGCAAUUUCUGGUCGAAGUGGCGCGGCUUUGAAAAACGUGGUUGAUACCCAGAUAAAGGAAUUUAUAUCCAACUUUGGCGAUAGCAGCAAACAUAAAAUCGUGCAAGUAAUGGAUUCAGAUAGGUGGGACGCUAAAGAUUUUGGUGACGAAGAGAAUGCCCUGCUGUCUCGAAUACUCAGGGCGAGUACUCAAGAUAUAGAGCUUUGGGUUUCAACUUCGAGGAUUUGGGAGUCCGAAGAUGGCAGCCAGGAAUCGACUACGGUGCAGGGGAGCUCUGAGGUGAAUGGCAACGGGGUAUCUAGCACAGGGAAAGAUAAAGUACGAGGUGCAGUGGUGGAUGAUCAGAAGUAUAUUCUACCGCGGUCUGCGCUUCUGAUUUUAAAAAUAAUUGAUGAAUUUGAGCAUUUGAUGACGGGAAUUCCAAGUAUGGUGCACGACAUAGCACUUAAUUUCCUCGAAUGCCUCAAGCUAUUUAAUUCCCGCUCUUCCCAGCUAAUCCUCGGUGCUGGUGCCACGAGAAGUGCCGGCUUGAAAAAUAUAACAACGAAACAUCUUGCUCUCGCUUCUCAGGCACUGAGCUUUAUCACCGCACUUAUCCCCUACAUUCGUGAAUUCAUCCGCCGGCACCACACCUCCGCGACGCUGAUGGCUGAAUUUGAUAAAGUCAAACGACUUUACCAAGAACACCAAUCUGGUAUCCAUGAAAAGCUAGUCGAUAUCAUGAGCUCCCGCGCUUCUAUCCACGCCAAUUCUAUGAAAAAGAUUGACUGGGAUCAAAUGCAGGACACCUCUGCCGUCAGUCCGUACAUGGAGACUUUGACGAAGGAGACCGGUACGCUCCAUCGAGUCCUGGCUAAGCAUCUACCAGAAUCAACAGUGAUGAUGAUCAUGGAUCCCGUCUUCGCCAGCUAUAGAGAACAAUGGACGAAGGCGUUCCAAGCAGCUGCACUGAAAACGGAGAGUGGUAAAGAACGAAUGAUCUCCGACGUUCAGUAUUUCAAAACGAAAAUGGAUAAAAUAGACGGAUCAGGCAACCUAGGAGACUACCUUCUCGGGAUUGUCCAGGCGAAGUCAAUCGCUUCACCCCCCAAGCCCGAGUCACCACCAUCUCCUCCAACUCAAGAGGUAGACCAACUGUCCCCGCCAGUUGAGAAAAAUGGAGACCCGGACUCGGAUGAGUCAUGA